GUUUAUUUCCACCUCAAAAUCUCCGAUACCUGCAAAGUCAUAUUCUGUUGGUUCAUCUCCAAACCUUGCCAGGGCUGAUACUUUACUCUUCCAGGGCAUUCGACACCGUCACACCUUGUCAAUGCAAGGGCGUGGUAGACUGCCUAGACUUGUUUUCUUAUCUCAAUGCCACAGGUCCCUGUACGCAUCGCUUUCAGUGAAUAAAAACCGGCUUGCAACAUCUCAAAACAUCACAUCAAUAUCUCAUCACAACUUACCCACCUACCACUUCCAGAUCUGCUCUUUCAGGGUAUCGGCCUACAGAAUGUCCACCCCACCACCACCAACCCAGCUCCUCUUCCACCACGAUGCCUCCCUCGCAACCCACACAACAACCCUCCUCACCAUCACCCCCUUUUCCUCCCUCCCCGCCCCUGACCAAUCCCUCUUCAAAUCCCCCCCCACCAACGCCUUCGUCCUCACCUUCCCCUCAACAAUCUUCCACCCGCAGGGAGGUGGCCAGCCCUCAGACGAAGGCCACAUAACCCUCACCUCCCCCCCCUCGGUAGCCUUCGCCGUCAUCUCCGCCCGCCAUUCAAUCACCAACCCCUCACAAGUCCUCCACCUAGGCUUUUUUGCCCCUUCUGUCCCCCCACCUGAUGAACAGCCACUAUUCACCCCAGGAGACCGAAUCACCCAAACCAUCAACGCCAGCCUAAGAAACUACCACUCCCGCCUCCACACAGCCGGUCACGUCCUCGGCUCCGCAGUCCGGCACCUCCUCGAGUCUCAAAUCGAAGACUUUGACGAGCUAAAGGCUUCACAUUUCCCGGACUCGGCAGCGUGUGAGUUUAGGGGGUUGAUAGACUCUAAAUGGAAGGAACCGAUCCAGGAGAAAGUCAAUGAGCUUUUGGCCGCGAAGAUGCCGGUUGAGGUUGAGUGGUGGGAUGAGGAGGAUUUCAGACGGGAGGGGUUGGAGAGGUUGAUACCCCGGGGGAAGGAUGGGGAGGUGGUAAAGCCGGAGAACACGGACGGGGGGAGGUGGAGGGUUGUGAGGAUUGUUGGGGCGGAGGUGUAUCCCUGUGGGGGGACUCAUGUGGAAAGGACGGACCUGUGCGGGGAGGUGAGGGUGAGGAAGGUGGGGAGGGGGAAGGGGUGUUCGAGGGUUGGGUAUGGGGUUGUUCCGGGGUUGGAGGGCUGAGGAUGGGCGUGGUGGUGGUCUGGUAGCGUGAUGCUAGGGGGUUGGUGUUCUCCAAAGCCCGGAGCGGGACCGGGAGGCGGGCCGCUCCGUUGUUGAUAUGUGAACCGGGGUUCGGUGAGAUUCUUGCCCGGCCGGCAAGACCAACCAUCUCAUCUGGUUUGAGUCAAUAUCUACCUAUCUGCCUUGGGCGUUCACAUUUAGACUGGAGAAAAUUUCAGCCCUUGACAGGAACCAUCUGUGUCACCUUGGCCCCCAAAGUUCCAACCCCCCACCAGACGAACACGAGC